AAGCGGGCUACGUGAACAAAGCUGUCGAUGUAAGCGAUGUUGAGUCGAGUUCGUUGGACGGCAGCUCCUCGCAGCUCUCAGUGACCGGCGCCAGUCUUACUAAUAAGAACUCCGGUCCUGGAGAUGCCGAGUCUGUCAAUUACCGCCUGUACAAAUCCCGUUACUAUGUGCUCAUCGUUUACUCCAUGGUGGUCUUCUAUCAGUGCACGAUUUGGAACACAUGGGGGCCCAUUAGCGCCACGGCUUUGGCGAUCUUUCCUGGCUGGACUCCAGCCACCAUCGCAACCCUGGCCAAUUGGGGACCCAUCACAUUUGUGAUCUUUGUCAUCCCGACCUCGUGGGCUGUCAGCAGAUUUGGUUUUCGGUUCGUGACGGUAUUUUAUUCUGGGUGCGCCGCUUUCUCUCACGUCCUGCGAUGCACAACAGUCAACGAGAAACUUUUUACGGUGUUUGCGCACAUUUGUGCCAUCUUUAAUGGUAUCUUGGGAACGCUCCUGCUGGCCGGGGCAGCCGUUCCGGCCUUAUGGUUCCCUGCCCAUCAGCGCGUCACGGCCACAGCAUUUUCGCUGGUCAUGAAUAUGAUGGGAUCAGGAGCCAGCUUCAUGGAGCCGCUCAUUGUCCAGGCACCAGGGAACGAGACCACCGUCGAUGAGAUGACUAAAGACCUAAGAACCCUCAUGAUAGUAGAGAUGAUAGUAGCGAUGUGCCUCUUCUUGCUGGUACUCAUCUACUUCCCAUCUGCUCCCCCAACUCCGCCAUCCCCUUCUUCUGCUGAGGACAGACUUAGCUUCUCUGAGGGUUUCAAGCAAAUUGCCAGGAAUGCUCGAUUAUGGCAGUUGGUUUUCUCGUACGCGAUUUUUACCGGCGUGUCCAUGAUCUGGCUCGGGGUCAUCAACUUUUCUCUGCAGGACUUGGGAUUCGACCAGGACGAGGCUGGCUGGAUCGGAGUUUACUGCAGUGUCUGCACGGGCGUAGUUUGCCUUGUGACGUCACGUGUCGUGGAUCUUGUCUACGGUCACCUCAAACUGGCGCUCAUCGGGAUGAUGGUGUGCAGCUCCUGUUUCUACAUUUGGUUUAUGUUGUUAUCCCUCGACGUCUGGCCUUCUACUAAAGCCCAGGUCUACAUCACCGUCCUGGGAGGCCAGUCCUUCAACGUGGCCGGCGCACCGAUUUUUUUCGAGCUGGCAGUCGAAUCAGUCUACCCCAGCCCAGAAAACAACGUUGGCGCAAUUUUGACUCUUUCUAACAACUUUGUAUCGGCACUCUUCUUGUUCCUUUUCUACAUUCCCUCAAUAUCUCAAGACGAGAACAACACAUGGAUGACGUACGUCUUGGUAGCCAGUAACGUUGGUGCCCUCGUUCCAGUUCUGCUCUUCAGGGAGGAAUACAAAAGAUCCAAACUCGACAGAACGUCACUGAACUCAGCGUCCUAAUCAUUCGUAUAUUUUCAAACUAUUGAAAUUUGUUCUUAUUGCGCGGGUAAUUUACCAUUCAAGGGUAUAUGGCACGCUAUAAGGAGGAAGUAGAAUUUUUCUCUUUUUUUA